AGUGUGCGGACUUAAAUGGCGUCCACAAUAAUCGCACAGAGCAGCACAGGCGGCCCCGUCGAUCCGUCAACUGGAGCGAGCAACAUCGCCAGCAACAGCAGCAGCAGCGGCAGCAACACGCUGCCAGCAAUAUCAGCAACUGUUGCUUCGGCAGCUGCCGAUUUGCACAAUACGCAUCUCAAUCAGUUGAAUAGUCUUAGCCAACACUAUACGACGCCCUAUCAUCAUCACUACCAGCAGCAACACUUGCAGCACCAACAGCAACAUCAGCAUCAACAGCAGCAGCAGCAGCAGCAGCAGCAUCAACAGCAGCAGCAGCAACAGCUACAUCAGCAACAGCACCAACAUUACCAGCAGCAGCAAUCGCUAGAGGAACAACAGUCUCAGCAUUGGGACUAUUAUGCUCGUCAGCAGCCAACGGCGCCUGCCAACAACGCCAGCAACAAUAACAACAACAGCAACAGUAACAGCGAGAACAACAACAGCAGCAACACAAAUGUUUCUACACCCUUGGGCAGCAACAGCAGCAAUGCUAAUGGCCCUGCUGCCAGUGUUAACAAUGGCCACAACCCUGACCACAGCCACGCCCAUAGCCAACGCGUUCAUGGCCCACAUAACAGUGAUACCGUUGCUGCUGCCACUGCCGCCGCCGCCGCCGCUGCCGCAGCAGCAGCAGUAGGCGCCAACGGCAACAGCACCAACUCCAACUCGAACUCGAACUCUAACGGCAGCUAUACACGUCCCUGGGAAAUGGAGUCCAAGGACAACGGGCCGCCGCAGAACCAGCCACACACACAGUUUCAGUCGCAGUCGCAGUCGCAUUCGCAGUCGCAGUCGCAGUCACAGCCAAAGAGCGGCUUUGAGCCCUUCUCAAAGUUGCCCUCAUUCCAGAGUCAAUUUCAUGGCUAUAAUGAUCAGCUAAUGCCCGAUGGCACGCCCAUGCCUCUGCCAAUUGGAGCAGCGGCAGCCGCAGCAGCCGCCGCCGCUGGAGCUGGAGCUGGUGCUGGAGCUGGAGUUGCACCAUCUGGACUCAGCUCACUGCAAACGGUGGCCAUGUCGCCAGCUAGCAUCUCGGUCAGUUCGCCGGGCAUGAUGAGCGUCGGCUCGCCACUGACGCAGCUGCCGGGCAUGCAGACGAGCAUAACGCCGCCAUCGGGCAGCUUUACACCGUUGGGCGCUCCGCCGCCACCGCCGAAUGCAUUUCAUCACAUGCAUUCCCAUCAUCGAGCAACCGGAGCAGGAGCUUAUCCGCUGAUGCCAGCAGCCACCGCUGCAUUUGGGGACUUGCAGCUAUAUCAGCCGUUGACGCCGGGCCUCGCGCCGCUGAUUAAAAAGGAACCGAUGGCUGCGUCGGCUGGUGCAGACUAUGACAUGCUCACGGGCAGCAUGCUGCUCAAGAAGGAAGACUUUGAUCUCAACAGCAACAGUGGCACGCAUCAACAGCUACAUGGCCAUCCUGGCCUGGGCGUGGCUGUGGGCAUGCAUACGCCCACGUCUUACGAUGGCAACAACAGCAACAGCUUUCCGCAUGCGGCUAGUAGCAGUGGUAGUCAUACGCCGCAUACCACGCAGCCGCUGACGCCGACGCCGACGACGACUACGGCGCCCAUCAAGGUAGAGAAGCUGCUGCAGUCGCCGAUAGCACGGCUGGAUGCGAGAAAGAAGGAACGACGGAAACAGCGGCCCAAUUCGCUCGAGUCCAGCGCCGAGAGUGAGGCCAGCGGCAUGGACGUUGAUCCCAGCGGCGGCAAUCCCGGACAAGUGGAUGCCGUCAGCAGCACGGCCAACUUCAAGAGUCCGCUGAGCGCCUUGGGCAUGGGCGACAGCAACGAUGCGAACGCCAGUGGAUGCGAUAAGCAGGAACACCCACCCACAACCAUAACCUUACACUACCAACAACAACCCACCAACGCCAACCACUCCACCAACAACAACUCCUUCUCUUCUUCCGCCUCUGUUUUGCAGUCGAAAAAGAAGCGCAAGCGCUGCGGCGAAUGCGUCGGCUGCCAGCGCAAGGAUAACUGCGGCGAAUGCGCCCCCUGCCGCAACGACAAGAGCCAUCAGAUCUGCAAGCAGCGACGUUGCGAGAAGCUCACCGAGAAGAAGGAACCCAAAGCUAAGCCCAUCGUUUACGGCGCCGACGGCCAACCCGUUCGUGCUGAUGCGAAGCGCGGACGCGGCAAGGGCAAAGCAACUGGCGCCAAUGCCGUCGUCGCCAAUGCCACAGCAGUAGCCGCUGGCAAUGGAACACCAACAACUGGGUCACGCGCCCGCAAAACCUCCACCAAAGCAAAUAAACUGAAUGCAGCCGCUGUUGGGAUUGCAGCCGCAUCAGCAACAUCGCCACGUCUAAGUCCAACGCCAGCAACAGCAACAUUGUUGCCGCAGCAAUCGCCAAAUACCACAACAACAACAGUUGCAGCCGCUGGUAGCUUGCAGCAGCAACAGUAUCAGCAACAGCAACUGCAACAGCAACUGUUGUCACAUCAGCAACAGCCGCAGCAGCAGCAGCAGCUACAGCAGCAACAUCAGCAGCAGUCGCAGCACUAUCAGCAGCAACAAGAGCCACAGCAGCAUUUUCACCAACAGCAACAUUUGCAGCAGCAGCAGCAUCAAUCGCAGCACCAUCAGCAGCAGCACGUGCAGCAGCAACAGCAGCAACAUUUGCAUCAACAGCAACAUCAAAUAACCGCACAAAUACAAACCAUGAAGGAUCAACCGCAACAACCCAUGGCACCUAUGGCCUUCUAUCCGACAUGGCAGGCGGAUCCGUCACAGGGCUGGCAGAACCAGUUCAUACAGCAAAUACCACAGAAUACUCCAGCCAUCACAUCACUCAACUCCUUGGAUUUCCAGACACAGUCCUACGCCUAUCCAUCAAAUGGCUAUGUGCAGACGGGUCUCGGCUUCGAUCCCAAUUAUGGCCGCUCCCCUUACGGCGCGCCCGUGCAGCGCUACGACUUCCAGAGCCAACAGCUCUCGAGUGCACCUAUCAAUCAGGUGGGUCUGCAAAGUGUCGCCGCCGGCUUCCCUCCCGGCGGCGUUAGCUAUGCCGGGCAGGUGUCUACGGCGCCGGCGCCGCCAGCAGUUGGCCUGCAGCAGCAACAGCAGCAGCAGCAACAGCAUCUUGGCGGGGAUCUGAACAAAAGCAUGUCGGGAAACGACACGCCUGGAUAUCCGCGGGUGAGCAGCGUGCCGCCGCGCUCACUCAACUGUAACGGGUAUCCAGGCGAUUUCAGCGGUUCUCAGCAGCAGCAGCAGCAGCAGCAACAGCCACAACAGCAACAACAACAGACGACAACAGCAGCACCCAGUGGCGCAGCCACGCCCACAGCCACUGGGCCUGGUAACACGGUGGUCUCGCAGCCAGCCAGCUCACCAAUGCAGCAACAGGCCCAAACGGUGCCCCCCUCGCCCACACGCAGCCUCAUACAGCAGCAGCAGCAGCAGCAACAGCAACAACAGCAGCAGCAGCAGCAGCCACGCCUUGUCUCCCAGUCGCCCAGUCAGGUGCCGCAAUCGCCGAAUGGCAACGGGCUUCAGCCGUACGGCAGCAACGUGCAGCCACAGCAACAGACGCACCCACAUCUCGCCUCGCCGCCUAUGCAGGACUGGAACUGGAGCAAUCAGCAGCAACAGCAACAGCAACAGCAACAGCCGCCGUCUGCACAGCAGCAGCAGCAGCUGACGAGCGAUGGCUACCCGGCACAGGGUCACGGCGAGCGCUUACAUCUGAAUACGCGCAUCAAGUCCAUGAUUAUGCGCAAGAGCGACUCGAAGGAUGCGCCGCCCGAUAUUCAGCUGCAGGGCCAGGCAACUGCCGCAACUGCCGCGCAGCAGCAGCAACAGCAAACCGGUCAUUUUUUAUCGUAUAGCCACCAUCUCCGGCCCGAGACGGCGCUGAGCGCCAACGGCUCGAGCAGCAUCGCACCACCGCUGGGCGGUGCCGAGCCCAUCGGAGGUGGUGGCGAUCAAAUCUGGAAGCCGCACCACGCCAAUUCGUUUAAGAAGCCCAGCGUGGGCAGCGGCUACGCCGGCACAGACCAUCAGCUGCAGCUGCAGCUGCAGCAACACCAGCCAGGACAACACACGACCAUCAGCCAUGCGGAGCAGCCACCCCAGCCACCAUCAAUGCCCAUACAGCCACCGGUUCAGCCACAGCCCAAGAAGUCGCGCAGCCGCAGCAAGGCGAGCCGUGCCGCUGCAGCUGCCGCAGAAGCAGCGGCCGCCGAAAUUGAAAGGGAUCGCAAUGCCAACGAUCCGGGUGGCGGGGGACUCAAGGCUCUAGGAGCACAUUAUCCGCCACCGCCGGGCAGCGGACAGGAGUACCACGGCCAAUAUAUCAAAACGGAGCCAGGCCUCUUACCACCGCCGCCGCCGCCGGGCGCACAGCCCAACAAGAUGGAAGGGUACGAGCGCAACUACCAGAACUUCAUUCAGUACGCCGACUUUUGCCAGAACGACGGACAGGGCCAGCCGGUGCAACAGCACCAGCAGGAGUAUACCGGCUACCAUCACAACUCGCCGUACUACGGCGCGGGCGCCGGUAGCUUCCAGCAGAACUUUCAGCAGAGCUUUGUGCCCGGCUAUCAAGCUGCAGCGGCCUAUGGUAGCCGUGGUAAGCCGCCGUCGAACUCUGUGCACCACGGGCCGCACGGUCAUGGCCACGGCAACAGCAUGCUGGAGCUGGACAGGAAGCCGGACACGAACAGCAUUAUCCCACUGCCCACCAACUACGAGCAGGACAUACCAGCGCAUGCGUAUCCCAUUCCGGCUCAUCGUUAUGCGCUGGGACAUGGAGCACCACCACCGCCGCCCCACCUCAGCCACCACGGUAUGCUGGAGUCCAAGCUGGACGACAUGGGCAUGCUGAGCCACGGUCACGGCCACGGCCAUGGCCAUGGCUAUGCCUAUCUUGGCGAGGGUAAGCCGCUUAACAAUGGCUUCUCCUGCUGCCGGCAAGGAGGUACCCGACCACCCACAGAGGAACAUCUGAAGGGCGGCACGUGCCUGGGCCUGGGCAUUCAGCCCAAGGAGGAGCUGCUGGACGAGGAUGAACUGGCCGAAGCGCACAAUGGCGUUAAGGCCAAAUCGAAGAAACAAAAGCAGGAUGAGAUACCUGAGAUAAUUGUGAAGCACGAGAAAAUUAAUCCCAUGUUCGACACGACGGAUCGCCUCGAAAAGGGCAACAAAACGGAAAUACCCGAAUGCGAGUGCUUCCAGUCCGACAAGAAUCCACCUGAGCCGGGCACCUACUAUACGCAUUUGGGCACUGCAUCAACGUUGAUGGAGCUUCGUCGGGAGUUCGAGGAUCGCUGCCAUCUAACGGGUCGUCAGCUGCGCAUCGAGAAGAUUGUCUACACGGGCAAGGAGGGCAAGACCACGCAGGGCUGCCCGGUAGCCAAGUGGGUGAUCAGGCGCGCCGAUCCCGAAGAGAAGAUACUUGUGGUUGUCAAGAAGCGUCCCGGUCACAGAUGUAUUGCCGCCUACAUUGUGGUGUGCAUGGUGGCCUGGGAUGGGAUGCCUCGCAAGGAGGCGGACGAUGCCUAUGUAAACUUGAUACCCAAGCUCAAUAAGUUCGGUCUACCCACAACGCGCCGUUGCGCGACCAAUGAAAAUCGCACCUGUGCCUGCCAAGGGCUGGAUCCGGAGUCAUCGGGCGCCUCGUACAGCUUUGGCUGCAGCUGGUCCAUGUACUACAAUGGCUGCAAGUACGCCCGCUCGAAGACUGUGCGCAAGUUUAGGCUGUCGGUGAAGAGCGAGGAGGCAGCAAUUGAGGAUCACAUGAAUCUGAUUGCCACGCUGCUGGCUCCGGUGUUUAAGCAGGUGUGCCCGCGCUCCUAUGACAAUCAGACCAAGUACGAGCAUGAGGCCUCCGACUGCCGCCUCGGCCUCGAGCCGGGCAAGCCCUUCUCAGGGGUAACCGCCUGCCUCGACUUCUGUGCCCACUCGCAUCGCGACCUGCACAACAUGCAGGACGGCUGCACUGUGCAUGUGGCCCUGCUCAAGCCCAGCAAUCGCGACAGCCACCUGCCCGACGACGAGCAGUUCCACGUCCUGCCGCUCUACACGAUGGACGGCACGGAUGAGUUCGAGAGCGUCGAGGGGCAGCGUGAUAAGCAUCGCACCGGUGCUGUGCAAAUGCUGGACAAAUUUCCCUGCGAAGUACGCGUGCGCUCCACGCCGCUGAUACCUUGUCGCCGGCAUGGCAAGAAGCGCAAGGAGGACGAGUCCGCGACGCCGGAUGGCGACCAGGACGCCGCCGCCGAUGGCAGCAGUCAGAGCUCCAGCAACGGCACGCAAUCUCAGUCCCAGCAAGCGCCCACUCAGCAGAGCAGUCCUCCCGCCAUGGCCGCUGUGCACAUCAAGAAGGAAAACGGCGCCAGCAAUGGCAGCAACAGCGGCAACAAUGGCAGCAACAGCAACAGCAACAGCAACAACAAGUCAAAGUCGAAGGCUAAAUCGAACUCCAGUGCAUCCACGCCCGGGUCGGCGCCGCCAACGACGCCCUCGCCGCGCUGCCAGACGCCCGUCACCAACAAUCCCAGUCCAGCGGGCAGUGCGUUUAGCACGCCCCCCGUUAAUCAACACGUCGGCAACCCCAACGCCAACAACAACAGUUCGGCAACAGGUGCUGUGGCCGGUCCUCCGGGCGCACAGCCCAACCAGCUGAUGAGCUCCAACUCGAGCCUCAUGAACAUGGCCACCAUGAUAGACACGUUCACGGACGCCCAGCUGCAGUCCAACCAGAUCUCGAGCACCGUGCUGGACUCGCCUUACUCCUACGACUACCAGACGGGCUCCUACAUCGACUCGCGCAACUACUACGGCAACUGGCCGGCCCAUGCCAUGGGCAUGGCUGCUGGCAGUGCGGCCCUCACGCCGACGACGCCAACAGCCUCGAUGGUGCAGCACACGCACACAGUGACGCCGCCGACAGCGGCAGCAGUGGCUGCUGCAGCUUCCCCGGCAGUUGCCACGGCAGCAACAGUUUCUCCAGCAGCCACAGCAACGGCGAUGCCGCCCGUCACGCCCACCACGGUGACGCCAACGGCAGCUCAGCACGAUUCCAGCAACGGCUACACGCCCAGCUACAACAAUCUGGCAACGCCACAGCAGCAGCAGCUGCAGCAACAACAGCAUCAGCAGAAGCAGCAGCAGCAACAGCAGCAGCAGCAACAACAGCAACAACAGCAGAGCGGCGUCGAUGUAGCCGCCGCUGUUGUUGGUGGUGAGCUCAAGAGUCGCGUCAGCGAGGAAAAUCCCGACUCGACAACGUUGGUCAACCACUCACUGGUCGAGAGUAAGUUAACCGCUUUGACAGCCAUGCAACCCAUGACUAAUCUAGCACCACCACUUCACCACCACCACCACCAUCACCAUCCGCACACGCCAGAGGGCUUCGUUAAGCCAAAGCCGCCGCCCAGCGACUACCAGUACACGCAGUAUCCGAACAACUACCAGAUGUACCCGCCUCCACCACCGCCGCCGCACUCGGCCUACUCCGCGUAUGAUGCCUACCAGAACAUGAACUACAACUAUGGCUACCAUCAUCAGGCGUACUCGCCGUACGGCAUGUAUCCGCAGCAGACGCCGCCGCCGACGCCGCCGCCGCCCUCGCCCAACUGGAAUGUCUACGGACAUCAUCAGAGCUCGGGGGCCUACGGGCCAGGGGGUGGUGCAGCUGGCAGCACGAUGUUGGCCACGCAUGGGCCGGUGCCAUCGGGUGCGACGCUGGUUAAGCCGACGGUGCCAACAGCUGUGCCGCAGCAGCAGCAACAGCAGCAGCAGCAGCAGCAACUGCAGCAGCCUCAGCAGCAACAGAUGCAACAGCAGCAACAACAACAGUUGCCGGCAACACCGCCGCAAACGGUUUUGCCCGAUUUGAGCAAUGGUCAGCUGCCGGUGGAGCCUAUUGUGACGCCCACCGCUGCGGGUGCUGUUGAAGCGCCGGCCCUUGGCAACAACAGCAACAACAGCAACAGCAGCAACAGCAACAGCAACGACGCCAACGGCAACACGACUGGCGCUGGCAGCAACACAACGGCAACAACUGUGGCGCCAGCCAGCACCAAUUCGAGCAAGAUCGAGCCCAUUGGUGAGGUGGCCGAGAUCAAUGAGAACAUUGAGGCGUUUCAGGAUCCGCAGAUGGGCGGUGUUGCCAUUGCGCUGAACCAUGGCAGUGUGCUAAUCGAGUGCGCCAAGCACGAGAUGCAUGCGACGACAGCCGUGCGACGACCGGAUCGUCAUCAGCCCACGCGCAUGACCCUGAUCUUCUACCAGCAUCGCAACUUGAAUCGUGCCAGGCACGGCAUCGACGAGUGGGAGGAAAAGAUGCGCGUAAAGAAGAUCAACACGGACCUCGACAACAAAGCCAAAGAGGAGCGCGAGCGCUUGCUGAAAAAGGCAGCUGGCGAGGAUGACGAGGAUGAGGACAUGCCUGAUGAGCAACUGGCAGUGACUGCAGCCCCAACGUUGCCCACCAUCAAGAAGGAAAACAAUGGCAGCGGCGGUGCCAUUAAGAAUGGCGCCAGUGGCAGCAAGAAAAAGAAAAGCGAUGCCAACAAGAAAACCCAGCCGAACAACAACAACAGCACCAACAACAACAACAACAACAGCGAGCAGCCAAAAAACGAGAAAGUUGCCCUCCACGCACCAACACUAACAACAACGUCGUGGACGACCCUGUUCCCUAUGCACCCAUGCGUAGUUACGGGGCCCUACCAGGAGGGCAAUAGCAGUCCAACAUCGUCCACGAAUGGCAGCGCAGCCAAUGGCAACAGCAACGGCAACGGCAACAGCAACAGCAACAGCAACGCCAAUGGCCCCGCGGCCCAGCAGCCAACGACUCCAGGGGCCGUGCCGCCGCCUCCACCGCCGCCACCGUUGCAGCAAACCUGAGCACCUACCAUAGCCAGAUGGGGUUAGGUGCCUACUACUACUGGUAGUUGUUUGACAAACGACUGAAAAAUAUUCUCAUAAUAAUUAUUUUUGUAAACGCGUCCUGAUACCGUGUGCCAUACGAGGGGUUGCGGAGCGAGCUAGCAAAGAGCAGCAGCCAGCAGUUGGACAUGCCCUGCCAGCAUGCAGUAAUACACUACCAAAGCUCCACUACAAUCACAGCAACUAUAACAGCAACACACAUACACUCACUCACUCACAUGCCUAGUUCACAAACUGGAUGAGCAAUGCAGCUAGAUUCAUAUAUACAUACAUAUAGAGGAGGAAGAAACCUAUAUUGUUGGCAAUUUCUGUUAAAUGAUUUAUUUUUACAUUUUGUUCUCUCUUCUUUUUGUUAAGCAUCAAAGAAAACAAACUACAAACAAACACUAGAAAACAAAACUGAGGAACUAAAACAAACAUAAAACCUAAUAAACUAAAUUGCUAAAUAAUGUUUGCUUGAGUUUCUAUCGUGAGCAAAAGAAAAGCGAAAGACAAAUACAAAGCAAGUAAAACAAAAAUAAAUAUUAGUGGAGGGAUACUCGUAAAAGAUCAUUGCCAAAAGUACAAAUAAACCAAUUUUUAAAGCAAACUAGAAACAACGUAAACAAUUUCGCAAACAACUAAACAAAAUGCAAAAACAAAAACAAUUAUAAAUAGUUGCUAACAAUUUUUACUACACUGAAAUAAAAUAUAUUUUCCAAUUAGCUUUUUACAUUAGUUCAAUUUGACUGUCUUUUGGCGCUGUUGCAUACUUUGCAGCGCCAAGCGAAUUCAAAUUGGCAGCCAGCAGCAAAUGCAGCUCUCUUGAUACGCGAAUCUCUUUUGAUCGCCCGCCUUCUGCACCCAAGAGAGCUGCAUUUGCGACAUUUACUUUACCGUUAACUGCAAGCACUACAUUCACAAACGAACACAAACACACACACACACGCGCAGACACACAGAAAGAGCGUUACAAAGGCAAACUAAAAAGCAAAAGAGAAAUGAAGCAAAUACAAAAAAAAAACAAAUUCAAUUUACAUACAAGCAUAUUUCUAUGUAGUAUGUGUGCGUCAGCCGUGCCGAGUGAGCGCAUCAAGAAGAGAGGAGGCUGGGGUGAGCAGCAUUUUAAGCUAAGCGUACGUAAAGCAUAUAAAUAAUCAACGUGAAUAAUGAAAGAGAGAAGAAAAUGAUAGUGAAGCAAAGACGUGAGCAGCGCGUAAAGAAUGAAGACAUUUUUAAAAUAUUAUUAAUAAAUUAAGUUUAAGUAAAAAAAAAAAAAAACAUUACCCAGACAUACACCUACGAAAUAAAGAAGAAAUUAAGUUUUAUUUAAAAAGGUGCGCCCAGAAGAGCAUAACUUUUUUUUCAAAUAAUAUGUGCUGUAAAUGUUGAAGCAAAUUCGAAAAGAAAACUAAAAAUCCAAAAAAAAGACUCGAAACCAAGCAAGUAUUAAGUACACAACAACAACUAUAAAUUAACUAAAGGACAAAAUAUAUUUGCUUAUUCAUUUCACGCAUGAAUUGUUGUAAAAAGCUAACUCAAUAAAUUAAUUUACAUCCAUCCAAAAAUAAAAAAAAGGAAAGCGAAAUGGCAGCGCAACUGAAUUUCAAAUCAAAUUAGUCUAAACAAAAAGAAAACUAAUUAUUUUGCACAAGAAAUGGUUAUUAUAUAUAAUAAAAAUAUAUGUAUACUUAUGCUUAUAAUUUGAAAUUAUGAAGAUGAAACAGAGAGAAUCAUAAAUGUAAAACGUAUGUAUGUAAAUGUAAGGCAGCGAAGAAGACUUUUGAGCAACAAGAAAAAACAUGUUUUGAUAAAUAUUU